CAACGAUGUCUCAGUUGCAGUUAAGGCUUUGGAUAGCUCAACAAGCAGCCUGGACAAGUUCAUCAUCUUCUAUCAGUUCGGGCAGAUAAAAUUUUGCGGCUCUAACAUGGUACACUCUCACGGUCAAUUCGAGAAAAUAAAUAAAUAAUUGCUAUGAUACGUAUCUUGGAAUGCUGUGAUAGUGGUUGUUUGAAAUCGGAAUAACUUACCAUUUCUCAUCUUAUGAAUCGAGUUGCAGACGGUAAACCUAUUAUUUUUAAGUGGCUAAUAAGAACGAAUUCAAUUGUAAAGUGACGUCACGUGGACUUCCGGUCUGGGAGGAUAAUGUGGAUGUACCUUACUAUAUUGAGUAGUUUAUUGGCUGUGACAAUAGGAUUUCCUCAUAGGGAUAAUGGUUAUAUGUGCCAUGGUCCACCAGAUAGAGGGCCUUGUAAUAAGAAGAUAUGGAAAUGGACCUUUGACCGAAAUACAAGAACAUGUAUUUUGUUCCAUUGGAGUGGAUGUGGGGGAAACGAAUACAACAGAUUUAAUACAGAAAUAGAAUGUUUGAGGACAUGUGCCCUCAUUAAACCCGCAUCUUUGGUGUCUAACAAUUCCUUCGUAUCGAAAGAAAAUAGAGGCCCAAUGUUAACGUUUCAAGAGACUGGAAAUCAAAAUACUUUUAUGUUUGCACAAUCGAACACUUUUAUACAAAUAGAUGGUGAUAUUAUUCAGACGUUUCAACUGAGGCUGUGUAGACAGAUAUCCUUUCAAUUCAGGACAAGACUACCGCAUGGUUUGCUGGUGUAUCACAAUGUCAAAGUUCCUGCAGGAGUUUCUCUUCAACCAUACGCAUUGUACAUAAUAGUUCAACAAGGUCAGCUAAAGGUCGUACACGUAUAUGGGAAACAUUCUACAGCUCUAACUGUUGGUCGAGGGUUGAACAGGGAUGAAUGGCAUUCAGUUACGGUUCGUAUAGAUGUCCAUGGAGCAAGAUUGACUUCCACAGUCGAUAAUAUUAAGGAAGAAACGGAUCUGCAGGGUCUUGAUAAAGAAAAUAAUUAUGGUGUUGCAGCAAACGUUACUUCAGUCAUCUUGAUAGGAGGUCUCAGCUCUGAAGAACGCCUUCAUGGUGUCAAAUACAUAAUAGAAUCUUUCGUUGGUUGUAUCAAAGAUGUGAUUCUGAGCACUGGUAAAUCUGCCUCAGAUCUUCUACCAAUAACGCCUUUGAUAGCUACUAAACACGAGAAUGUACAGGAAGGUUGUAUCAAUAAGUGUCACACUUUGGAAAAUUUGUGCUUCAGAUCAUCCAGAUGCAUUAAUCAUUACAACACGUUAACAUGUGACUGUUUUGGAUCACAUUAUGAAGGAGAAUACUGUGACAUGUACGCUGCAACUGUGUUAACACUUCGUGGAUCUUCCUACGUUUCAUAUAGGGUGUAUGACUGGAAAGACAGAGUGCAUUCUUCUGUCAACAGAUUCUCCAUGGUCUUCAAGACAAGAUUCGACGAUUCUGCCCUUUUCUAUGCAGCUGGAGGAGAAACAGGCAUUGAUCACUAUAUAGCUGUAUCCAUUUUCAACGAUUCAGUUUACGUAGAAGUAGAUUUUGGAGAAGAAGCCAUAACAACCAUUCUUGGAAGGACACCCGACUUCAAGCUUAACCAGUGGAACAACCUCACCAUAUUCCACGAGAACGAAAGGAUACACCUGAUCCUAAAUGACGAGGUCGUCACUUUGGACAUCAAAGGAAAUCCUCUUCUUUACAUCGAUCCAGAAAUUUAUAUAGGCGGUGGGCCAGAGCUGCAGAAGAAAAAAGGACUUUGGUCCAGGAACAACUUCGUAGGAUCCCUCAAAUACGUUUAUUACAAUGACAUAUCUAUAAUUUAUGAGUUGGACAAGGGAAAUCCUAAGGUGCAUUAUAUAGGAAUUCUCCAGCCUGAGUUCUAUGAGGCUGAUGUAACAGAAAUACCUAUUACUUUCCAUUUCUCAUCUUCUCACAUUUGGUGGCCUAACAACUUCACUGAUAGUUUGAGCCUUUCAUUUCAUUUCAAAAGCAGCACCAACCUUAGCGUUCUAGCUUCAAGCGAAUCUCAGUCAGGUCUAUAUUGGGAAGUAAGGGUAGUAAACGAUGAGGUGAGGUUUGAGUUGGCUGACAAUAUCCAAAACACGACAAAUUUAAUUAGCGUAAAGAAAACACCAGGUAUAUGGCACAUUUUGAGCUUGAUUUACAAAAACGAAGAGGUAUAUUUGAAAGUAGACAAUAACGAAAAAAGAGAAAAACUUGGACCUGUUAAAUUUGCCAUUGGUGAUAAGAUCAAAGCAGCCAGUGGCUCUCGAACUAACUCAGGAUUUGUUGGAUGUAUGAGAGAUAUAAUCAUUAAUGAUGACGAGUUGGAACCUCGAUCGAUUUUGCAAUCUGAAAGGACUGUUGGGGAGGUAACACUAGAUAAUUGUAACUACGUAGAUCCCUGCCAGAGGCCCAACACUUGCGAACAUGGAGGAAAAUGCUCUGUGAAAGAUGACCGGCUGAUAUGUGACUGCAAGGAUACGGGGUAUAUUGGAACGAAUUGUCAUUUCACAAAAUAUAGGAAGACUUGUGAAGAGCUUGCUCUUUUAGGCUAUACCAAACCGGAUGUCUACCUAAUAGACAUAGAUGGUAAUGGACGUUUUCCACCAGCCCAUGUUAGAUGCGAAUUCCAAAGCUUAGAAGAUUCUACAAAGACCAUAGUAGAACACAAUCUUCAGAGUCAAACCGACGUUCGGACAUCAAUUGAUGACGACUUCACUCUUAGUAUCAAAUAUAGGGAGUUCACUGCUGAUAUGCUGCAAGAACUUGUGUCUCAUUCCUUGAACUGCAGUCAGUAUAUUCGAUAUGACUGUUUGAAAGCCCCUUUAGAUUUGCAUACGUCCACGUGGUUCAUAAGCUCGGCUAAUCAAACUGUUGAUUAUAUUGGUGAAGUGAGAAGGGGAACCUGUCCAUGUUCUGUUGGAAAACAAUGUAACAAUCCAACCCAGUGGUGUAAUUGCGAUGAUUUGGACCAAGAUAAAUGGGGAACUGAUGAUGGAUAUUUCACGAAUGCGAACAGUUUAGGCAUCACCGAUAUGGUGUUUCUUCAACAGCCAUAUUUGACUGCAGACGCUUUAGGUAGAAUAACAUUGGGUCCAUUGGAAUGCGUCGAGACAAAUACGCAGCGAUACGUGGUGACUUUCACCACUAGCCAAUCUUACAUAGAGGUUCCAGGAUGGAGAAAAGGAGAUCUUGCUUUCUCCUUCAGGACCACAGGCAAGAAAGCAAUCCUCCUAUACCAGCCACCGAUUCGUCCAAACUACCCAAGUUUCAUGGUAGCAGUGACUGGCGAUUUUCAGUUAACAUUCAACUUCACACUCAACACUGGCGUGUCCAAGGGAAUCGUUAUUGUGUCUGAAAGGAAGCUCAACGGUGGUGAAUGGCACAAGCUUUGGAUUGAUUACAAUAAGUACCACGUGAGGUUUAUGAUAAAUGAAGAGUCGCAAAUGGAGAACUUGAAACCCGAGGAAGAAUUUGGACCGUUUGAGGGUUCGAUGUUUAUUGGGGGUGCACCAUCAGAUUUGCUAGACGCAAAAUCUGCAGUGCAGCAAGGCCUGAUUGGAUGCUUCAGGGGCUUGGUGGUGAACGAAGAAAUUCUCGAUAUCUAUAGUUACAUGAGUGUGCAUCUAAGUGAAAUUAUCAAAGAUUGCAAACCUUCUUGUAAUCCUAAUCCUUGUUUGAAUCAAGCGCAGUGCAAGGAACUGUGGAGUACUUUCGAAUGCAUCUGUCCUAAUCCAUGGGCUUAUAAGGGCCCUCUAUGUGAAACCAAUAUAAACACAAACGCUCUUACUUUUGUGAAGUCUGACUCUUUCAUAAGGCGCAAUUUUUUGAAUUCUGCAGACAAGCUGGAUAAAAAUGAAGAAGAAACAGCUCUAAGGAAUAUCUUCACCCAUCAGAUCUUACUGAAUCUCAGAACAUACGAUAAUACAGCUCUGAUCUUGUAUGCCAACGAUCAUCUGAAUAAUUUCGUUCAUCUUUACAUUGAUAAUGGAACACAGGUUGUUUACCUCUUCAAUUACAAUAAUACAAUACAUAAUGUAACUGUAGACUACUUGGAAUUGAACACAAGCAAGUCUGUGCAAAUUGCCAUUGAGAGAGGGGAAAAUAUCACCACUAUGCACGUAAACGAUAAAAAUUAUUCUAUACCUGUUGGAGUGUUGUUACUACAGAAUUAUUCUAAUAAGCCUUGGAGUAACCCAGAAAGAGAGGUCCUGGCUCCUCAACGGCCCAUCGCUCCACCAACUGAGUAUUUUCAAUUGAAUUUAGGAGGAUUUGAUCCCGAGACUCUAUUGAAAGUAUCCGAAUACCCAUCAGUUCUUCCUGGCUAUGUGGGGUGCAUACGAGGGCUACAGAUAGGACAUAAUCUUAUCGACCUACUGUCCAAAAUCGACGAAAACGAAUCUGGUGUAAUAGCAAACUGUAGCAUGAAAUGCGAUUCUCUACCAUGUCAGAACGGAGGAAUCUGUUUGGAAGACUUCAGGAACCAGGAACACACUUGUGAAUGUGAACAUACCAGCUACUAUGGGGAGUUUUGCUCUGAUGAAAAGGGUGCUGAUUUUAGCGGUGAUUCAAUUAUGUGGAGAGAAUAUGUUUUGAAUGGGUCAGUUGAUCACGUGAAGAUACAGUUAGCCUUUUCUAGCACGGAUAACAAUAGGAAAUAUGCUGCACUACUCCUGCUGCAAACAGAAAAUAAUCGAAGUUAUUACUUGAUGGUAGGCUUAAGCCCAGAAGGCUAUCUCAUUUUUCAAGAAGAUCGUGAAGGCGAAGUGUACUCAGCAACGGUUCAAAGUAAGAACUUCAUAAAUGGUGCCCGCCAUUCUGUUUAUUACAAGAGAGACUUGGACGACUAUGAAUUGCUGGUGGACAAAGAGGCGAUAACGAUGAAUAAAGUUGACCCUCAGAGCUUCACCAACGUUCCUGAAAUGGGGGCCAAUGAAGUACAGAUUGGAGGUCACAAUACGAGCGAUCCUAGAUUUGCCACUUACAAAAGAUAUAGUGGCUGUGUGUCAAAUAUAGUGAUAGAAGUUAAUGAGCACCUUAUGAAACCUCUUGAAGAGUACAUGUUAUUCACGAAAACAGGAGCAGAAAAAGUGAAUGUAUCGAACUCACAAGGUGUUCGAAGUGCACAAUGCAGUCCUCAUUUCGACGAUUAUCAUGAAAAAUUGCCUGGAACACCAAACCUGAAUAUAAGUCAGGUAGGACCAAAAGGAAAAGAUAAGACAUGGGUAGAAGACGCCCCACAUAAAGUUCUCUACACCUCAUUAUAUUCCACAGAGACCGAAGAGGAAGAGGACACUGGUCAGCUUGUUGUGAUGAUUUUAUCCAUUUUCUUCGUUGUAGUUUUGAUUUGUUUAGCAUACGAAUUGUACAGGACUGAUCGACAAUAUAAGCUGAAUAAAGAGUAUGAAACUGAUGCCAGUAUUAUUUGGUCUAAGGAACAAGCAGCAAUUCUUCAAGAGAAUAAUAGAAAGGCUAGUGGAGAAGUGGAUGCAGCAAUUCCAAAGCAGAUUCUUCUAAAUGGAAAAACUUCGAAUAAUACGAAAAAUGGUAUUUCGAAAACAGAUGAUAAUGAAAACAAGAAAGACACAAUCCCUGUCAUAGUCGAAGUAGCUUCUGAUGAAGUACCUAAAAGAAUGUUGAAAAGGGCUGAUAGUAAAAGAGAAAAAAGAAUAAGUUUUAGGGAUAGUGCAAGCGAAUUGGCUUGGGAAACGCCAGAAGAGAAUGACAACCUUCUCACAACAAUGGUUGAAGAGGAAGAAGAAGAUGAGGAGGUGUCUGAUUCUGAAAAAUCAGUUGCAGUUUCAGCAAUAACUCGUUCAAGAUUAAGAAGUCCACCACUUCAAAGGAAUCCAUUGACCUACAAGAUGAAGGAAAGUGAGGGUAUAGAAAUUAUGAGCUAGACUGAAAAUGGACCGCUAAAUAACCAACACAAUUUCAAACAAUGAUUAACCGAUAAUAAUUUUUCAUUAUCUUCUUCUUCUGUCCAAAUAUAUGCAUAUAACUGAAAGUUAAUAAAAAAAUUACAAUAUA